AUGAGCACUUCAUCAGAAGGUGUCAACUUCGAGAGACUGAAGCCGAAGCGUGCUGCACAGCGAGGGCGGAACACCAAAAUCGUUAACGAGGUGAGCUCCGCUCUUGAGAGACCUGAUGUCACUGUAGAAGAGCUAGCCAUUUUCAUGGAAAGACUAGAGGCUAGCAACAGUAAGCUAGACAAGAUUAAUGAAGAUAUAGAGCAACUGCUUCCCAGUGAGGAAAUUGAAGAGGAAUAUACAGUAAUUGCCGAGUAUGAAGACCAAGCACUACAUACGCUUGCCAGGUUGAAGUGUGCAAUUAAGAGACUGGGUACAGGCACAAACGGAACAUCCCCACAACAGGUCAUGACAACGACCGCGAGUCCUGUUCCCGAAUCUCAGCAGAGGUCGCCUGUUAUUGAACAAGAUACAUCCGCAGGAACCAUGAGCGGGAUAAAAUUGCAGAAAUUAGACUUGUACACCUUCAGUGGAGAUAUGUUAUCUUGGCAACCAUUUUGGGAGCAAUACCGCAGUGCCGUGCACGAGAAUCCAAGGCUAAACACAACCGAGAAGUUUCACUAUCUUCGAUCUCGGUUGACCGGCCAAGCGGCAGCGGCAGUGGCAGGACUGCAGACCACCGAAGCCUGCUACAACGACGCCAUCGAUAUCCUGACGAAGAGAUUCGGCGACAAGAAAAGAAUUGAGCAACAAUAUCUCUCAAGACUGCGGUUGCUCAACCAAGUCAAGUCGUCGAGUGACGUGAAAGGCCUGAGGCGCCUGUAUGACUACGUCCAAGGAAAUAUUAGAGGUCUGCAGGCACUCGGGGUAAGCCCUCUCACAUAUUCAUCAAUGAUGUGCGAUAUACUCCUGAAGGCCAUGCCACCCGACAUCGUUGUUGAUUAUCACCGAAGUGUUAAGCAGGCAGUUCGUGCUGCUCAGGCAUCAGUAGAAGCGGAACUGUCCUCCGAAUCAGAACUGCACCAAAUAUUAGAUUUUCUUUGUGUGGAGGUAGAGAGCCGCGAAAGAUGCGACACUAGCAGUGACCCACAAAGGAAUAACAGCAGAAAUGGAUACGACAAGCGCCCAGAUAAAAAGAUGAAACAUCCUACUGCAGCAGUGCUCCAUACCAGUGCGAAAGAGACCCCUCAGUGUUUCUUUUGCAAAUCACAGACCCAUUCAACCGAGAGCUGCAGGGCAUCAUUGAGUUUGGAGGAAAAAAGAAACAGGCUCUCACGCGACAUGCGAUGUUUCAUUUGCACAUGGCGAGGACAUAGAUCAAGGGACUGCCGUCGGAAAAUCACGUGUGCAACGUGCAAAGGUCGCCAUGCCACAACCAUGUGCGAUCCAUCGCGUAGGAAACCAGCGCUACAAGAAGACAAAGUCGAAAGCAUCAACCUCUUUGCUACUAACAAGAACACAGUUUCUAAAUUCGACUGUGAUGUUCUUCUUCAAACAUUUCGAGCGUGGGCUGUGACUGAGAGUGAUUGCGACUAUGUACGUGGCAUCAUUGACGGUGGUAGUCAGCGGACUUUCGUGAAAGAAGACGUUUCGCGAAGACUUAACUUGCCUUUCAUCCGAAAGAUUGAUCUCCGCUUGAGCACAUUCGCUGACGACACGUCGACACCCAGCCAGAGGCGGAACGUUGUGCAGUUGAGGCUUCGAAGCCAGUUUGAUCAAUCCGAAUGCGUCUUGGAAGCCAUCGAAAUCCCUAUAGUCUGCAAGGACAUGGCUACCAUUCCGGUGAACGACGCGUUCGUCAAGCAGUUGAACGAACGUGGAAUGAACCUCGCAGACAGAGUGAUGUUUCCCAAUGGAGGCACCGCAAAUGGAAUUUCCGUGCUCAUUGGCUCAGACCAGUUGUGGAAACUGGUAAAGACUGAUGUUCAGCACAAUCCGCAAAACAAUGCAAUGGUGGCCAUCAACACAACCUUUGGCUGGACGCUUCAAGGACCAACUAUGACAAAGAGCUCGCUUUCAAGCCAGAGCAAUUCCCUGGUAUGCGUACUGCGUACUGCUGUCGAAAUUGAAGAUGAUACCUCAGUGGAGUUACGGCGGUUCUGGGAUCUCGAACACAUUGGAAUCACAGAAGAUGGAAAACAAGACAAAGGACACAAGGAACUGCUAGACAGUUUUGGAAAAUCCAUCAAAUUCGAGGACGGACGUUACCACGUGAAUCUGCCUUUCGAAGAGGAAUCAAGUGGCUACCUCCAUGACAACAAAGCAGUAGCAUACAACAGACUUCACGGUUUAAUGAAGAAAUUACAUCGGAAUCCUGAUCUUCUGGAACGGUAUGACAACGCCAUAAGAACCUAUCUGGAAGACGGACACGCGGAAAAGGUACCACCUUCAGUGCAACAACAGAACACAGGACAGGUAUAUUACAUGCCACAUCGUCCUGUGCUUCGUGAGUCGUCAUCUACGACAAAACUGCGCGUCGUCUUCGAUGCCUCGAGCCAUGCGGAGGGGAAACGAUCAUUGAAUGACUUCCUGCAGAAAGGACCAAACAUGGUUCCCGACCUCGUGCAACUUCUCCUAAAGUUCCGGCUUCACAGGAUUGCCAUAACAGCAGACGUUAGGAAGGCGUUUCUGCAGAUAGGUAUAAAACAGGAAGAUAGAGAUUUCCUUCGAUUCCUGUGGUUCGCCAAUUCCCCUGCACUCAACAACGAAGAACGCGAGCUGGAAGAAUGGCGGAUGACUAGAGUGCCAUUUGGCACAACUGCGAGCCCAUUCCUUCUCGCUGCCACUCUUUCGCAUCACCUGGACAAGAUGAAAGAGGAGUUCCCUGAAACCGCGUCUAUGCUAAACACGUCUAUGUACGUUGAUGACCUCAUCACCGGUUCUGCGACAUUGGAAGAAGCCCGACGAAUCCACUCUGAGGCAACCGAAAUAAUGAAGAGGGCAGGAAUGAUAUUGGACAAAUGGUCGUCCAAUUGUAUAGAGCUUGAAGACGUCUUUGGUCCACCAACAGACCCGAUACUAACUCUAGGACAAAAGGAGGAGACGAAGGUACUUGGGGUUGUUUGGCACAGAGACGAAGACAACUUCAGGUUCAACCCUUCCACCAUCAUGGAGUUCCUGAUAAGCCAGCGAAACACAAAGAGGUGCGUCCUCCAGGCCUCCGCCAGAAUAUUCGACCCCCUGGGAUUUUUGUCGCCGUUCGUAAUUCGAGUAAAAGUACUGUUCCAAAAACUUUGGGAGCUCGGAGCCGACUGGGACCACGAACGUCCAAGUGACUUGUGCGCAGAAUGGAGAGCCUGGUGCAACGACAUUCAGAAACUAUGCUUGUUAAAUGUGCCGCGGUGCGUUGUUCCUACUGCUGAGCAUACGGGAUACACCAUGCAGAUUCACGUAUUCACCGAUGCAAGUCCGCGCGCUUACGGCGCCGCAGUUUAUCUUCGAGUGGAAGCAGAAACGGGACACGUCUUCGUAAAUUUACUGACAGCGAAAUCACGUGUGGCUCCUAUUAAACGGCUGACACUACCUCGAUUGGAGCUGAUGGGUGCACUGCUGGGAGCUAGGCUAAUGAAGUGCGUGGCAGGAAUCGUCGCUCAAGGACCAGUUCAGUGCUACCUAUGGUCGGACUCUACUGUGGCACUCUGCUGGAUACAUUCACCCGCAUCGAAAUGGAAACCCUUCGUAAGCAACCGAGUGAUGGAGAUCCAAUUACUGACAGACCCAUCGAGAUGGCGACAUUGUCCGGGUCACUGCAAUCCGGCUGACUUGGUCACAAGAGGAAUCUCAUCAGACGCCCUCGUUGGUAGCUCACUUUGGUGGGAAGGGCCGCCAUGGUUGCGAGAGCACGAAGAACAUUGGCCCGAAUCAUGCGCUCCAGCCCCAGAGAACAACAGUGAAACGCCAGUGACAGAGGAAGAGCGGAAAACAUCCAAAGACACAGAUCCGCACGUCGUGCUGCAAGUGUCAGACAGAACGCAAUCGCUGUUGGAGAUGGAUCGCUACAGCAGCAUGUCCAGGGUCCUACGGGUGACUGCGUGGAUGCUACGAUUUAUUAAUAGAUGCAGACGUACCCACAUGGAUACUACAGGACCACUCACCGCUGAAGAGCUGCAAUCCGCGGAAAGCUAUUGGUUGCGGGAAACACAGCGCGAUGCCUACCCACACGAGAUCAAGAAGCUUCGUGAGGGAUGUCCAGUUCCUCCUCAAUCCAAGCUGCUCGAACUGAAUCCUUUCCUCGACAAUGAGGGGUUAUUACGGAUGAGGAGCAGACUCGAGCACGCAGAAAUGGGAGCAGCAGUGAGACACCCAAUCGUACUCCCUCCAGAUCAUUCCUUCACGGAGCUCCUCGUGACAAGUGCACAUCGGCGUAUACUGCAUGGCGGAGUAUUGGAGACGAUGACCGACAUAAGAGACCGCUUUUGGAUCCCACGGAGCCGUCAACUUGUGAAAAAAUUAAUUCGAAGAUGUAGCCUGUGUCACAGGCAAAAGUUGAAGGCAGCAACAGCACCCAUUGCGCCUUUUCCCAGUGACAGAAUCAACAAGCAAGACCCAUUUGCUAUCGUGGGUAUUGACUUUGCUGGACCCCUCUAUGUUAAGACAGCGGACGGAGAGAUCAAGAGUUACAUAACCCUAUUUACGUGCGCAGUGACACGAGCCGUGCAUCUUGAGAUCGUGUCAAACUUGACGACUACGAACUUUCUCAUGGCAUUUCGUCGCUUCAUAUCACGCAGAGGGUUACCGCAAGUCAUUUACAGCGACAACGCUUUGACAUUUCGAAGAGCGGCGAAAGACAUACGCUGUUUAUGGGAGCUUCUGAGCGGCCCAGCCGUGCGCGAUUUCUGUUCCCUCCACCGCAUCAGGUGGAAGUUCAUUGUUGAGAGAGCCGCCUGGUGGGGUGGGUGGUGGGAGCGCAUGGUUCGUACCGUAAAAACAUGCCUCCGCAAGACUUUAGGCAGAUCACGGGUAAAUUAUGAGGAACUGGAGACUAUCCUUCAGGAAGUUGAGGCGGCUGUCAACUCCAGGCCAUUGACAACUAUAUCGGCCGAAGCGACGGAGAUGGAGCCGCUAACACCAGCGCAUUUUCUAAUCGGCAAGCGCAUCUCCAUGCUUCCAUCUCUACCGUUACCCGUGCCUCCUGGUGCAAACAUCGCAGAGGAUAUGAGACGCCGUCUCGCGCAUCGCCGACGUGUCGUCGAGCACUUUUGGAAUAGAUGGCAGCGCGAGUAUUUGCUUCAGUUGCGAUCGGCGCACUUGGACAAACGCAAGGGAAACCACAAUUUAAAAAUUGGAGAUGUGGUGAUUGUCCAUGACAGUAACGCCCCUAAGCUAAAUUGGAAGAUGGGAAGAAUUUGCGACCUGUAUCGCGGCCGUGACAACAACGUUAGGGCUUGCGAGGUAGAAUUGCACAACAGCCACCGACUCAGGAGAGCUGUGCAACACCUGUAUCCCCUUGAAAUGAGCGAAGCUCAUUCGGGGGGAGGAUGUUAA